AUGAGCAGCUCCAGAAAAAUUGGAGAGAUUGUCUGGGGCGAUGUCCCUUACGAUGGCCGAGUAAUCCUCUACAUUCUCAAAGCCGAUGAAACAAACUACAUAAAUUUUAUCAAGCCUCUAAUACUCGCCGAAGAGCUCCAAUUUCCCCACCUCCUGGCCAUCAUUGAUACCAAAGAAGAAUGGUUCUACCGUAUUCAUCCUGAACGCUACGUACCUUCAUUGAAAGAUCAAGAUCCGGCGACUGGAGAAGAGGUCAUCGUUUUCGAAGGCACAGCCUGCCUUCAGUACCUCGCUCACCGCUUUGAUCAAGAUGGCUAUUGGUCGGGGCGUACUGCGAGUGAGCGCGCACAAGUUUAUUCGUGGACGGCCUACCAGACUGCCGGCAUUGGAGCAACGGCCAAGUAUUGGCUCUACUUCUUAAGAGGCUAUCCGAAUCGACAAAACCCGGAAAUGCUCCCAAAGACCGUGGCGAAGCUUCAUUCUAACACGGUCAAGCAAUGGGACAUUCUGGAGCAGAGAUUAUCGAAACCAGGACAGCUCUUCAUUGCCCUAUCGGACCGUCCGACGAUCGCUGACGUUUCCUAUUUUCCAUAUGCUAUGCCCUGGAUGUUCAAGUUCUUGGAUGUGGACUUGGAAAAGUAUCCCAAAAUUAAAGCGUGGGGGGAAAGAAUGAUGGAACGGCCGGCUGUUCGAGCUGUCAUGGAGAAAGGCCCAACUUACGGCCAUUAA